CAUCUCUAAAGAGAGAUAAAGCGGCGGCAGCCACCGAAGUUGGCGGUGGCAGGAGCCGUAAACGCGAACCAAUUGACCCAACAGGCAACAAAACAAGCAAGGCGAGGAAAAACGCCCGGAACAUGCCAAUCUUCAAGACCCCAUUCAACGGCUAUGCCGUAAAGUUCAGUCCAUUCUACGAGAACCGCCUCGCAGUCGCCACAGCUCAGAAUUUCGGCAUCCUUGGCAACGGUCGCGUCCAUGUUCUCGACCUCACCCCCACCCCCACCCCUACCGCGCCCAUCUCCGAGGUCUGCGCCUUCGAUACUGCCGAUGCCGUCUACGACUGCACUUGGUCCGAAGACAACGAUAACCUCCUUGUCACCGCCAUCGGCGACGGCUCCGUCAAGCUCUGGGAUCUCGCCCUACCCCCAACCUCAAACCCUAUUCGCUCCCUCCAUGAACACUCACGUGAGGUCCACUCCGUCGAUUGGAACCCAGUUCGCAAAGACUCCUUCUUAACCUCGUCUUGGGACGACACCAUCAAGCUCUGGACCGUCGAUCGACCAGCCAGCGUCCGUACCUUCAAAGAGCAUGCCUACUGUGUCUACUCCUCUGUUUGGAACCCUCGCCAUGGUGACGUUUUCGCCUCUGCUUCCGGUGAUUGCACUGUUCGUAUCUGGGAUGUUCGUGACCCGGCUUCCACCAUGAUUAUACCUGCUCACGACUUCGAGAUUCUGUCUUGCGAUUGGAAUAAGUAUGAUGAUUGCAUUAUUGCUACUGCUUCUGUUGAUAAGUCAAUUAAAGUUUGGGAUGUGAGAAAUUUCCGCAUUCCCAUUACUGUGCUUAAUGGGCAUAAUUAUGCUGUUAGAAGGGUGAAGUUCUCACCUCACAGGGAAAGUUUGAUUGUGUCUUGUUCGUAUGAUAUGACUGUUUGUUUGUGGGAUUAUCGGGUGGAAGAUGCCCUUGUUGGGAGAUAUGAUCAUCAUACGGAGUUUGCGGUUGGGGUUGAUAUGAGUGUGCUUGUAGAAGGGCUUUUUGCGAGUACUGGGUGGGACGAGCUUGUUUAUGUUUGGCAGCACGGUAAUGACCCUAGAGCACCUUGACUAGAGUUGAAAAAGGGA